AUGGCUACCCCUAGUGUCCUCACCUUUGACGCCGAGGGUCGGGCCAUUGACUUUGACAUAUGGGUAGAUGAGCUGCAGCUUUUCCUACAGUGCGAUAGGGCAGACGGUCUCUCUCUCUUUGACCUCACCUCUGGUGCCUCUCCUGCCCCUGCGGCUGACGCUGACGCCACUAUUCGCUCACAGUGGGCCACGCGCGAUGCUGUUGCACGUCUUGCUGUGCGUCGCCACCUGCCUACCUCUGAGCGUGCGCACUUUAGUCAGUACAAGAGUGCUCAGACCUUGUAUGACGCUGUAGUUGCGCGCUACUCCUCCCCUGCCACUGCUGCACUGAGCCGCCUCAUGCUACUGGACCACUUCCUCGCAGUGUGCCCCACCACUCUCACUGUUGACCUCCUCGAGAAGGCCCUCCUAGCAGCGGAGAAGAGCAUAGUCGCUGUAGGAGCCUCUCGUGGUGACCCCCGCACCCCCAUCUUUGAGGGGUGUUCUCCCUCCCCCCUCUUGCCCUCUGUUGCUUCUGCUGCUGCGGCCGACCUCGUUGGUUUUGAGUCGGUCGGCGCUGCGUCUGCCCCUUCGGGGAAGCGCCGCACAGGCAAGGGCAAGGGGGGCAAGGGCGCUGGAGGAGCUGGUGGGGGCGUUGGAGGUGGCGAUGGAGCCGGCGGAGGGGGUGGGGGUGGUGGUGGGAGUGGUGGCGGGGGUGGAGGUGUCGGUGGCGGCAGUGGAGGCGGAGGCAGAGGCGGCGGUGGCGGUGGGAGCGGAGGUGGCGGAGGUGGCGGCGGAGGAGGAGGCGGAGGCGGAGGAGGUGGAGCUAGUCGGGGUGGCGCUCGGGGUGGGGGGGGUGGUCCGUGCACUUACGUCCUACACACCGGCGACCGUGCGGGUGAGCAGUGUGGGGGUGCGCACUCCACCCAGCGCUGCUUUGGCCGCCUGACACACGCUUGGGGUCACCAGUUCCCAGAGGCCACUGAGAUCCACGGCUUGGGUGAGCUGUCUAGGGCGGGAGUAGCUAUCUUUGUCCUUGACUUUGAUGCUAUUCUUGCUGCCAUGUAUGCUGUGACUAUUAGUGAUGAGGGUGACUAUUACCGGUGUUUCCCGCCCGAUCCGGGCAUUGAGACUGCUGCUCUACGUACAGGUACUGCGUCUGCUCCGGCCUCCCUCACCUUCACCCUUGACUAUAUGGCUUCUCGCUCCUUCUUUCGAGACCGCACCACACUCACGCCGCUUGGUCGGCCAGUUGCAGCCUCUCUAGCAGACCCCUCUGGGGGUCCUGUCCUUGCUCACUUCUCCACUGUCCUCCCGUGUCCGGCGGCUCCCUCUGGCACCCUGUCGGGUCUUUACCUCCCCUUGUUCUCUAUGAACUUGGGGCGGCAGCGGGCUGCCCCUCACUCCUCCCAGUUUCCUCCGACAGAGGCCCCGCUGCAGACGCUUCACAUGGACGUGUGGGGCCCAGCCCGCGUCCGUGGACAGGGUCACGAGCGCUACUUCCUGCUGGUGGUUGAGGACUACUCGCGCAUCCGUCACAUCUUCACGCUUCCGGACUCUCUGCAGCAAAAUGGGAUUGCUGAGCGCAGCAUUGGCAUGGUCAUAGACGUCGCUCGUACGUCCAUGAUGCAUGCGGUUGCCCCCCAUUUUCUGUGGCCGUUUGCGGUUCGGUACGCGGCGCAUCAGAUCAACCUUUACCCCAGGGUCUCCAGGCCGGAGACCUCCCCAGCUUUGCUGUGGACGGGGAAGGUUGGCGAUGCGUCUGCGUUUCGGGUCUGGGGAUCUCGGGCGUUUGUCCGCGACUUGUCUGCGGACAAGCUGUCCCCUCGUGCUGCUCCUUGCGUCUUCCUUGGCUUCCCCCCUGACGCGCCCAGGUGGCAGUUCUACCACCCCACCUCUCGCCGUGUUCUGUCCUCCCAGGACGUCACGUUUUACGAGUCAGUCCCCUACUACCGCCUCUUCCCCUACCGCACUCCGUCCCUCCCCUGCCACCGCUCUUCCUUGUUCGAGCCAGUCGAGGUUACUGGUGACUCUGGUGCUGCUGAGGGUGCUGAGCCUGGGGGUGCUACGACUGGGGGUGCUGAGCCUGGGGGUACUGAGACUGGGGGUGCUGAGCCUGGGGGUACUGAGCCUGAGGGUACUACGCCUGGGGGUGCUGGGCCAAAGGGUGCUACUACUGGGGGUGCUGGGCCUGGGGGUGCUGAGCCUGGGGGUCCUACAGUUGGGGGUGCUGAGCCUGGGGGUGCUGAGCUUGGGGGUGCUGAGCCUGGGGGUGCUACGCCUGGAGGUGUGGAGCCUGAGGGAGCUGGACCUGUUUGUGUGGCGUCUGGUGGUGCUGGACCUGGAGGUUCUCCGGGUGCUUCGUCUCGGCGGGAGCCACUCUCUCCACCGGAGCUACGCGAGUGGUUUGCCCGGCGCUGGAGGCGUGCUGCUGGAGCUGGAGGUUCUUCGGCUGCUGAGGGUGCUGAGUCCUCUCUUCCUGCUCUUCCUGCUCUUCCCGACCCGGAGUCGGACUCUCUUCGUGCUGCCAGUCCUACUGUCACGCGUCUCCUUGCUACUGUCGUCACUGACCCUUCCUUUGAGUCCACUGCUGCGUCUGCCCUAGUUGCUGAGCUCCUCGACUUUGCUGCUCGCUGUCGCCUAGACUACGCUGCUAGUCUUGUCGCUGAGUCUGAGUCUGUCUGUCCUCCGUCCGUCGGGGGUGAGUGUGCCCUUGGCACGGACGUCCUUGAGGACAGGCAGGAGAAGUUCAAGGUGAAGCGGCCGUCGGGUUCUCCGCCUGUCUUCAAGGCGCGUUACGUGGCUCGUGGCUUCAGUCAGCAGCAGGGAGUUGACUACUUUCAGACCUUCUCUCCCACCCCGAAGAUGACCACUCUUCGGGUACUGCUGCACGUAGCUGCUCACCAUGACUACGAGCUGCACUAUCUUGACUUCAGCACUGCUUUCUUGCAGGGCAGCCUGCACGAUGAGAUCUGGCUGCGCCGCCCACCUGGCUUCAAUGGGUCUUUUCCUCCUGGCACCAAGUGGAGCCUCCGGCAGCCAGUCUACGGCCUCCGCCAGGCACCGCGCGAGUGGCACGACACAUUGAGGACUACACUUGCGGCUCUUGGGUUUGCCACUUCUACUGCCGACCCGUCGCUGUUUCUGCGCACCGACACCUCUUUGCUGCCGUUCUACAUCCUCGUGUACGUCGACAACUUGGUCUUUGCCACAGCUGACACUGCUGGACUAGCCUACGUGAAGUCCGAGCUGCAGGAGAGACACACGUGCACAGACCUGGGUGAAAUGCGUAGCUACCUUGGCUUGCAGAUCACCCGGGACAGAGCUCGCCGCACCAUUACCCUGACUCAGUCACACAUGGUGCAGCAGGUCCUUCAGCGCUUAGGCUUCACGUACUCCUCGCCUCAGGCCACUCCUCUGCCUACUCGCCACUCGCUCUCAACUCUGCCUUCGGAUGAGUCCGUAGAGUCGAGUGGCACGUAUCCAGAGCUUUUUGGCUGCCUCAUGUACCUGAUGACCUGCACACGACCUGACCUUGCAUACCCUCUUAGCAUUCUCGCACGCUAUGUUGCUCCUGGGAGACACAGACCGGAGCACAUGGCUGCAGCGAAGAGGGUGUUGCGCUACUUGUGCAGUACGUCGGGCAUGGGGCUAGUGCUUGGAGGGCGGAGUCCGGUGGUCCUCACUGGGCACGCAGACGCUUCUUGGGCUGACGACCAGGCUACGCAGCGGUCGUCACAGGGUUACACCUUCAGCCUUGGUUUUGGCUCUGUUUUGUGGAGUGCUACUUGCUCGUCUUCUGUUCUCGGCUCCAGUUGUGAGGCUGAGAUCUACGCAGGGGCCAUGGCUGCACAAGAGCUUCGCUGGCUCACCUACCUGCUGACUGACCUCAGAGAGCCGCCUCGUUCUCCUCCAGUUCUGUACGUAGACAACAAGGCCAUGCUGGCCUUGUGUCGAGAGCAGAGACUGGAGCACAGAACAAAGCACAUUGCUCUCCGCUACUUCCUUGCUCGUGAGCUACAGCAGCGUGGUCAGUUGCGGCUUGCGUACGUGGCCUCUGAGGCCAACAGUGCUGAUGUCUUCACCAAGGCACUUGCGCCUUGUGAUCAUCAGCGCUUCUGCACUCAGCUCGGUCUUGUGCCCGUCUUGCCUCACUUGCUCACCUCUUGA